AUGAACUUCACCAGCACCCUUUUUCUAUAUCCUAGUACUGUUGUCUUUUUAGAUUGUGGUGAAAUGUCACGUAUCGUUUAUGAUUGGGACGCUCCAGAUCUUAGAUCAGCAAAUCAAAAUGUCAUCAAGGUAAUGAUACAAUAUCUCGAAAAUUACGGCGAUGGUAUAAUUACAAAUGCAGCACAGAAAUUCAUCAUCAAUAAAUUACAAACGUAUACUCCUUUCUGCAACUUUUACCAGGAUAUCGAAAGAGGAAUAGUGCAAGUUGAUGCCGAAUUUGAGGGAACAAUUAACAAAGAAACAUCAAUCUUUAGAAUAGGACACAAAUGGAAAGUUCGAUUUACAAUCGAUGCUGACAUACCUCCACCUGGAAGUACACAGAAAAAGCAUAUCGGUUUCGAAAUUCAUAUCAAAAGCAAAUCUAAACAGGCAGGUCAUGCUUGGUGUAACGCCGUACCAAGAGGAAGACCAAGCACGAAUGAAAGGAUGCGUGAGACUGAAACUACACCGAUAACAGAGACAUUUCCAAAUACUGAUACAAUAACAUAUUCGUUUACUACACACGCUUUAAAUUAG